GUAGACUGGAAGGGUAGAACAAGGGGUACUGGGUAUUGAAGUUUGUACAGUAGGACUUUUGCGCGAUUACUUUUCCAAUGCGGCCUUCAAAUGUACUGUACGUCGUGGUGGUUUUGGGUGUUGUCGUCGGCCUUAUCGGUGCCGAUGAAUGCGAAGUGUGUGUGGGUUUUCUGGAACGCCUCUAUAAAGCUCUCAUCAGCACCCAUUCAGAGUUGAGCCAUGCUAUCGUGGAGGAAGGCCUCGUUCAGACCUGUGCUGAAGCCACUGGGAAGGAAAGCCGCCUGUGCUACUAUCUGGGAGCUUCCAGUGAUGCUGCAGCCAGAGUGACAGGGGAAGUGACACGCCCCCUCAGCGCUCAUGUCCCGCCCCCUAAAAUCUGCCAGAGACUCCAGAAGAGAGAUGGUCAGAUAUGUGAGCUGCGAUAUGAUACGCCUGUGCUGGACUGGAGCAGGGAAGUCCUCUCCAAGCUGCGCGUGCUGGAGCUCAAGCGCCUGCUUGCCUCGUGGGGGGAGGAGUGCAGGGCCUGUCUGGAGAAGGGCGAAUUCAUCGACCUCAUCCAGCAGGUGGCGCCAAAACACAGCGCUUCCAUGCGCCAGGAACACUCGCCAGAGCUCUGAAGGGCUCCACUGCGCAGCUCCGCGACAGGGACCGUUGCCAACAGCUCCAAGAGCUCACCGCGCAGCUCUACACCGGGGAGAGCUUAAAACGCUGCCUCCCCUCCGGACUCCAAAAGCAACUGUGGAAUAAAGGAAAGCAAUAAUUACUGUAUA